AUGGUGUUUUGCCCAGAACACCCUAAGCAAGACCAAAAUCUGAAGUUUACACCCCUAAGCGAGAUGACGAGCAUCCCCGCCCCUUUCAUAUUGGAGGCUCCCCGGAAAUCAAGGUCACUGUUUGAUGUUGAAUAAGCUCAGUGGUCUGAAGUAGCCCAACAACUAACGAAAGUUCAAAAUUGAGUUUCAGAUUGCUGAAAACAAACAAAGCACCAUUUAAUUAACAAAAAAUUAAAUUUAGUUUUUGCAACUUAUGGCAAUAACAGUCUCAUCAGUAUCAUUAUUGUGGAAGGGGAAAGGGUUGCAAGAGAAAGCUGAGUUUUGGUCCAUAUUACAAACAUCCUAAAUAAUUUUAUUUUUUAAUAGAUAUGAUCUUAUGAACAGUGUCAAUGCCAGAGGAACAUUUUUGUGGUAAGUUCAAUUAUUUGCCUUGUGUGUAUAAAAUAAUAUAAAGUAAAAGUAGUUAACAAAAUAAUUCAUGACCAAAGGUUACUAGAUAUCACUAUAAUCGAUAAUCAAACUUACAGAUAUUUCCUCUAAAAUUUUUGCUUAUACAAAUAUUUUGCACAAAUUAUCAGAACUCUUAAACAAAUGUUAAAAGCUUAAAUAUUAUCAUUUAAUAGCAGAGGAACGUACAUGAUUUUUGAUCAGGUUGUGUCAUCGUUUUUAAAGGUGAAUCAUCACAGUAUGAGAUUAAAAAUGCACACAUUAGAAUACAUUCUUUCUGAUAGAGUAUAUUAUUUUUAUCCAUGUAACAUUCUUUGGUAUAAUCAAAAUACAUUUAGCCAUUAUAUUUUGACUUCCUUUAAUUUAGUUUCUUUAAUGUUUCUUUUAUAGUUCCAAAGCCUGCCUUCCUUUCCUUAAAAAAGCGCAGAAUCCACACAUCUUAAACAUUACUCCACCACUUAACAUGAAGCAUGAGUGGUUCAAGGACAAUGUUGGUAAUGUAUGAGAAUAGGCGCCCAUUUGUGUGUUACCCCAAGCCUCUGUUUCAAAGCAAGGCUAAUAUUAUUGCAAAGCCAUUUGCAUGGAAAUGAUUGUUUAUUCUCAUGAUAUUAAACUAACUCAUUUUCACAAGAAAGGUUUUGCACUUAGUCUCAUCUUGAAAAACUCGGAAAUGGCCUAUUAAGAAUUUGCAUACCUCAGUACUUUCACAUUGAUGCACUUUCUUGUCAGUAUUUUAAAGAUAAAAAUAUUGCUUUUUCUCAAAUUGUUUGGUACAUUUUUCAUGAAAUUUUUAUGUUAUGUUGAGUUAUUAGGGAGUUUGACAAAUCUCAUCAUGAAUUCUGGGGGCAAAUGGGUUAAACACCCUAACCCGCCCUAUCCACUCCACCCCACCCAUAGCAAAAUUCCAGUUAAGCAUCUUACUUUCCAAGAGACUGUAUAUAUACCAGAAUUUUGGCCAGGUGGGUGUCCAGGUUUCCUGUGUGCACAGCAUAGAAAAUUUUUUUUUUGUACAUCUUGGGUUAAAAAAAUGCUGUGUUAAAUUUAAGCAAAUUUAUUUGUCACCCUAGAGGCUUCAGUAUUUAAAAAAUUGUUGGGACGGAGUAUGCCCUAACACCCCAGUUAUAGAUGGGUUUUCCCCCAAGAUCACUUGUGGAUUACCACUGAAACCCUGCUAUUCAUCUCUCUUACAUUUCCAAAUUAUUGCUUUCCAUUGUCAUCUUGAUGUGAUGUCAACCGUUAACGUUUGUGGUUGUUUUCAGCUUAUUCAAUAUCGAAGUUUGGCAUGACACUAUGUGUGCUUGGUAUGUCUCAAGAAUUCAAGAAUGAUGGUAUUGCAGUUAAUGGUCUUUGGCCUAAAAAACGUGAGUCAGUAUAUAGAACUCAAUGUAAACAAGUUUUUCCUCCCAUCUUAACCAACACUUACAAUCACACCACUUACAACGUUACUAAUGUAUUACACAUACCUGCCCAAACAGUUAAUGUAAUCAACGGAACUGUAAAAAUUAAGAUGUCAAUGGCAACCAAGUUGGUGGACCAGUGAGAAGUCUGCCAAGUGGAAAGAUGAUAAUAUUGUUAGGUUAAAUAGCAUUCUGAGUGAGAUGGAGCUUUUUUUCCAUGCUUGAUAUGGGUUCUAAUUUGCAUUUCAUUAUCCCUGGGCAGUCUGUGCCAGCUGUGAUUACAGGAUGUUUUUUAUACAUCUGUGAAAUUGGUUAACUGGGCUUCCUGUGCUCUAUUGCAAUUUUCCAAUCAGAGUGAAUUCUUUAAUUACUGUUUUACGUCAUGGAAAUGGAAACUGCUUCAUAAGUCUGAGAAAACAGCUCAUUUUGCAACACCACUGCUGGUUUCUCUGCAAAAUGACAUCUGAGGAGUGAGUGUGGAAAUCUCAUGUUAUGGAUGUGUUGCUACCCAGAUACUGGAUCGUGCUUCUGAUUGGUUAAAGUAAAUUUUCAUCCAAUCAAAGCACUAUUCAUAUCUUGGUAGUGACGCAUCAUUAGUAUGGAAUUUCUGCGCUUGUUCCCCAGACGUCAUUUCGCAGAUAAACCAGUGGUGGCAUCUCGAAAUUCCAGCUGUUUUCUCAGGCUACUGCUCCAUAAGGUGCAGGGUGCAAAGAAAAUCGGUUUUACGGCCUGCCAUUCGGGUAAGCUGUAGCUAGCAUGUACUAGCCCACAAGUCAUUUCAACUAGCCCCAAAACCCUAUUUGAUUAGCAGGAUUGAUUACAACCCUUCCGUAAUUUGAAUUUCCCCCAAAAAACAGUACUUGCCCGUCGGGCUAGUUGAGAACAAAAAUCACUAGCCCGAUAGCAAAAUCCACUAGCCCCGGAUUAUCAGACACGACUUUCUUUGCAUGCUGAGGUGGAUAAAUUCUUUGCUCAACAGCCAUUGCUACAGUUGCUGUGGAAGUAAUGUAUAGUAAAGAGGCACUUGCAUUUUGCCGAACUGAUCAGAUCAUGGCUGAUGCUGCAUAUGCUCUUCUAACAAAAAACAGUCGAACAAGAACAGGAGAGUUUCUUUAUGAUGAGGAUAUUCUUAAACAAGACGGAAUUACAGACUACGAUCAAUAUUUGGUUUCACCAGGUAUUAAUGCUUAUUUAGGUAGAAAAAGAACAAUCUGACAUGACAUUCUAAAGCUAGAUUAUUGUAACUGGCCGUAUAAAACGGAGUAAAAAUUAAUCUUUCCUAGAUUCCUUGCUAUUAUUUCAUGAUCUGUCAGCUCAAAUUUGCCGUUAAUCAACUUAAAUUUUAUCUCUGAAGGUACUAAAAACGAGCAACAAAAACGCGCAACUUGUUUUGCAACGUUGCAACGUUGUUGCAAAACGAGUUGCAUAGUGAUGUUGCGCGUUUUAUAGCCUGUAUAACAGGCGCUUUAUAAUCGAGCCAAGUUUGCCUCAGUUUGGGCCAGCAAAACGAGCAACAACUUUUCGCAACUUACAGCAACCUGAUUUGUCGCAAGACAGGUUUGAUUCUCGUUAUGGUAAAACGUGCAACAUCGCUUUUCAGCUCGUACAGCAGCAAUGUUGCAAAACAAGUUGCACGUUUUUGUUUUCCGUUUUACCCUAUCUUAAGUUCUAAGAGAACCUUGAAAAAGGCUCGGGAUUUAAAUAGAUAAUUCAAUUCUUACCCUUUUGUCUCUGAGAAGCUGAACCUCUCAGUGUCACUGACUCAAAAUUGAUGGCUUUCUUUCCUGGCUUGUGUCGACAUUCUAGUGUAUCAUUGCUUAACUCUUUUGUGGUUUUCCUGAUACCUUUUCAGAGGCUUUGAAGACCGAAAACGUCUCGCCAAGUCUGCACAUUGGAAGUGUGUCACAAGUCUUUGAGAAGGUUCACAGUCUUUGUAACGAGGAACUUGUUCAGAGUAUAAACGGCAUCUUUGAAUUCCAUUUGAGUGGAAAAGAGUCCGGAGUUUGGUAUCUGGACCUCAAAAAUAAUUCAGGUAUAUGAAAGUUUUGUAGUCUCGUGGUGUUUCAGGAACCUUUCUUAAGCAACAACGACGGCGACUGCAACGAGAACAAUUAAUAAAGCAAUGCGUAGAUUAGCAAAACAACAGCUUUGCACGUGGAUCCACGUGCAUCACGCUUUUUGGUACACUUCCUUGCCGUCGUUGCACGACUACAAACGGAAUUAACGCGAGUACUGAGAAAUGCGAAACUAUAUAAAUCCAUAAUUCUUUCUGAACUGCACUUCCUUGAAAGGAAAUUCCUAUCCUCUUUUCCUGAACUUAGAAGCAGCACUUAGAGUUCAACGACAGAAACAUUCGCCGACAAUUGACAUACAGAACGAGAUGGAAUGAAAGCUAUAAAGUUUUAAACAGCGCGAAACAUCGACUGCGCACGUAUAUCACAAUCAUUGGUACCUUUUUGCCACCCUCCGCAGUACAGUACAGCUAGGACGUGAAACUUUCAUUAUGCGAAAUCUAUGCCGUGAGGAGCUUUAACAGACCACAUUUUUUCCUUUCUCUUUCCAAACUUGCGUGCGUCCCGUACGAAUUUGAACAACGCCUAAGCUCCACUACUUUUUUCUGACAGGGGGCCGCGUUUGAAAUAGCCGGGCGUAAUUUUGAAAAGUUGACAAAAUACGGUAUCUUAGAAAUGAAAAAUUUCCAGAAACGUGAAUUAUUUGGAAUUUCCUUUAUUGUUCUAAUAUUGCAGGAAACGCUGGUAGAGGUUCUUUUCACGGAGAUCCCGGCUGUACCAUGAUUUUAGACUCAGAGGAUUUUGUGAAAAUGUUCCAAGGACAACUGAAUCCAUUACAGGCGUUUAUGGGCGGAAAAAUGGAAGUUAAAGGAGACAAAAUGCUGGCCGCGAAACUUGAGAAACUUAUGGGCACAAUGAAGUCCAAACUAUAGCAAAUAACCGCUAAGAAGGGAUAACCAUGUUACUCACUCCUUGUGGAGACUAAAAUUAAUGUUCAAGAGAAAUUUCAAUGAUCAUUUUGUUAGCUCCAUGUGGAAAAGAGUAAAAAGGUUUCAUUUGAAUGGUCACACCAUAGAAUUUUGUUUACAGACCUCCAAAGUUAGGACUACAUAGUUUACAAAACAAAUAGUACCAUGUGAAAGUACUGCUGAAGAGGUUUCAUUUCACAGGAUUUACAUACAAAGCAAAUAGUAUUAUGUGAAAGUACUGCUGAAAAGAAUUCAUUUGAAUGGUCACACCAUAGGAUUUUGUCCUCAGACUCAAAAGUUAGGACAAAACAAAUAGUGUUGAGUGCGUGAAAGAACGUUUCAUAGUGAAGCCCUCGAAGCUACGAUGUAGCAAGUAUUAUUUAAAUCUAAUUUAUCCUAAGACUAAAUAUCUUCAUCAAACAUUAAAAAAAUAUAGUACUGCUGAAGAGCUGCUCAAAAUUGUAGUGUUACCACAUGAGUUGUUGAGUUGAAUAGGCCAACAUGGAGAAAUAGAGGAGCGCUCACCCUUCUUCAAAAGACGCUGCCUUAUAAAGGGUAGCUACGGAUAAGUUUAGCCUACAUAACAGGCGAUACCUACACAGUCUUCCAAAAGUCUUUUUUUCCCUGCUAAACUAUGACCUCCAGUACUAAUGCCAAAAUCUGGUGAGACUGAAUUGCCAGGGGUGUUAACAGAGAGCCUGUUCACAGGCUACAGGGGUGUGAAUUCGUAGAAAACGUUUUCUUUUCGAGUUAGUUUUAUAGAGAGGAGGUCAGAGUAGAUAGUUGCUACUUUGGACGCUGUACAGAAAUGAACUUAAUGUCUUUCAGCUUAAUGAUUAUUUAUCAGCUACUUUUUUCUCCUACUUACGUACAAUUAUGUAAAUGCCUUAUAUAGUGCGGUAAAAUAAAGAAAGAUUGAUUGAAUAAAUGAGAACGGGACAACAAUAGUCCCAUUGUUUUCUAACCUAAAAACAUUAGUCCUCAGUCUGCAUAGUCACAAACCUUCUCUGCAAAGCCUUUAGGGACUUUUAGGGGCCGGUCCUUAGAAUUGACGGCCCGUAGAGACUAAUUUCCCGGCUUCUUUCAAUGACUCAACCAACCUAUGUUGCUAUCCCAGGAGCCAAAUCCACAUGCCUUUGUUCUUGAUGAAGAGGGACCCCUUUCCAUUAUCCCGAUCCAAAUUUUCGCUCAAUCCCGUAAAUCCCGAAUUCCGUCUCCAUAUUGUUUUGAAAUCCCGAAUCCCGGCCACCAAAUACCGGUAAGGCAAAUCCCGGAUCCUGAAGACCACCGUCACCGUCAGGUCAUUCAAGGUCGCUAAAUGCUGGCCAAUAUAUCCGAGGGCUCAAAUCUCUCAUCCGGCGGUUGAUGGAAAAUGUUGAACACAGGGUAAGAUCUCGAAAAUAAUUUUCAAAUAUUAGUAUCUUAAAAAUUAUUUCACUGUAGCUUCAUGCCCCUUAUAAAAUAAAUUUCAGGAAACUAGCUGGUAAAACGAUCUUUAUAACCGGCGCAAGCCGUGGAAUUGGAAAGGCGAUCGCCUUGAAAGCGGCGCAAGAUGGAGCGAAUAUAGUUAUCGCUGCUAAAACAACAGAGCCACAUCCAAAACUACCAGGAACUAUUUAUACUGCAGCAAAAGAAGGUAAGUUUGUCGGUGCUAAUAACAAUUUUUUUUUUGUUAUUCUUCUCUAGGAAAUUGCCGUGAGAUUUUGUAUUUUAUGUGACAUUUUAUUAUGACUCCUGUUGAGCUGUAAGUUGUGUGUGUACUUUGCCCUCUCCUCCAGUCCCCAGGGGAUCGAAGAUUACAGGGCUGUCAACUCUUCCAGAUAAUCCAGGAGACUCCAGAUUUUGAACCGUUUCUCCCGGUCUCCAGAUUAGAGUCUGAAAUCUCCUGGAUAAUCGUUGAAGAGUGCCAUUUCUAGUAGAUUCGAUGUUCUGCCGAUGAAAUUUCAAAUAUUUUGCCUUAUUUUGAGCUAUUUUACUGUUAACAUCGAACAUUUCCUCACAAACUCCGGUAUGCCAUUGUAAUAUAAGCAAUAAUGUGACUGGUGGGAAGUAAGCCAAUUAGGUCAAAUGUUACAAUUCCAACAACAUCUUUUUCGCACGUUUGUUUUUUCACAAAUGACAUCAUGUGCCGUCUGUUAUGACAUCAUCUAUCAUCUCUUCUCCAUCAACUCUCAAUAUUUGAAGACGUGGGGGGUUGACAGCCCUGAGAUUACCCAGCUCAGCUGCAGUCAAACUAGCCUGCAUUGCAGAAGUAAUUUAACCCCGAUUAGUAACAUCUGUGAAGCAGUGCCAAAAUCCUUGUUCAGGGCCCCCAACAGGCUUAACGAAUUACCACAAAUGUCUUUCGAAUUUCCUUUCAUCUUGAUUGGCAAAUCUACAAUGGCAUUUUUAAUUCGGCAAUCACGGCACGUACCCAAAUCCUGGUACACAGGUGGGGCCCAGAACAACAGCAUGGUUUCGCAGACGGACUUAACCAGAGUUUAGUUUCCUCUGUGGUGCAGGCUACAGUCAAACACAAGUAUUGGAGUUCUGUUCAUUGUUAAUGAUUGACUGUGAGAUCAGAGCUAGCUCUAGUCAUUCAAAAGGUGAAUAGCAUUAUCCACGGGAUAAAUCUCUAUCCAAUGGUUAACACAAUUGGUGUCACCAGCUAGUGGAUAGUGAUUUAUCCAGUUGAUAGCGCCAUCCAGUGUUUGAACAAUUGUGACUUGGCUCUAGCAUAUAUUUUGUCCAAUGGUAGCAUAGAUCACCAAGGUAAGGGCAGGGGUGAAAGAGGGGAACUUAGUCUCCCUUGCAGCUGUUUUUUGGAUGUCACGCAAUGCGGGGGAGCAUUGCGUGACAUCCAAAAAACUGCUUCGAGGGAGACUGAGGAGAUCUGGGCUUAAAAGGGAAAAGGGGUAUAAAAAGUGAAUGGAUAAGGAUGCCUGUUUUCCCAAAGUGAGGCUAUUAGCAGCACCUGCCUGAAGGGCUCCUUCUCUCCUUGUGUGUCUCUCUCACAGGCCCCGUUCUUUUCUGUGCCAAUUACCUCUAAGCGCCUGCUAUACAGGCCUAAGUCCAUAAUGGAAGAAUGUUGAGGAUCAACUCUAGGUGUUCAUUUUAUAGAAUUAAAGGCGUUUUAUGAGGGAAAGUUUGUAAGAGUAUUUGCUCUUGUUUGGCUCUCUUUGCAGUUGAAACAGCCGGUGGGAAGUGCCUUCCCUGUGCAGUGGACAUUCGUGAUGAGGAUACUGUAAAUAAGGCCGUUCAAGAUGCCGUGAAGAAGUUUGGUGGAAUUGACAUUCUUGUCAACAAUGCAAGUGCUAUAAGCUUGACUGGUACUCUUGAUACACCCAUGAAAAGGUGUGCCUACUCUUUCUCUCUUAAUAAAAGUGUUCUGAACAAAAAUGAAAUAAUGAUUGUAGCAACAGAUGUGACUAAGCACCUACCCCUGCAAAAACUGCUCUGGACUAGUUCAAGACUUAAUUUACACUGUUCUCAGUCUUAUGUUUGGUCUUUGUUCCUCUCUGAAAAGAGAGAGAGUGGGAAUUUGAGGAAUAGAGAUUUGACUGGGUCAUUUCCUGAUUACUGACUAGUAACUGAGCCUAAAGCAAAUGUUCAAACAAUCUUAGGGUCAUUAAAAUUAAAAAUUAAAGCUAAAAUCCAGAUAUGCUUGGAAUGGUAUCUACUUCAAAGUAAUAACAGGUCUCUGGUAUACUUUGUACUUUCUUGUCAGACCAACUGAAAAAUAAGUAACUCGGACCACCUUGAUUCCUGAUUUUCAAGACAUGUUUUCUUUAAUGAAAAGCACUCUCUGAUUAGCCAAGAAGACUGAUCAUUGUACUAAAACUUAGGGUUAUCUUGUAGAUAUGAUCUUAUGAACAGUAUCAAUGCAAGAGGAACAUUUCUAUGGUGAGUUCCCUUAACCCUUUAAGUCCCAAUGGUGACGAACAUCAAUUUUCUCCUAACAAUGUCCAUAGAUUGUCAAGAGAUUAGGUUAUGAGAGUUAAUAAAAUGAUCAUCUAAGAGAAAAUUCUUUGAUCUUUUAUCAAAUUCUCAACUCAUUCUUUAAGGAAAUAUAUAGAGAUCAGUUUGGAGAAUUUGUAUGUGGAUAUUGGGGCUUAAAGGGUUAAUGCUAAAUUUUUAUUCAGGUUGUUAUGAAGUCAACAACCUAAAAGACCCAAAGAAUGCAGUCUCGUAUGUGUUCAGUAUAUAAUUCCUCCUUGCGCCAUUAUGCUUGAAUAAAUAAAAAAGGUCAUGAGAAAUACUAAUAUCAAUCACCUUGUAUAAAUUACCUCUCUCCACACUCCUAUCAUAAUUAAUAAAUAAACAAAUAAAAUGAAAAUGUAUUGGUCUGAGCACAAUCUACAUAGUGGCUCUUCAUCAACAAUUUUAUAUUUUCUUGACUGUAUUGAAAUGUCACUACUUUGACUCAGCUUUUGCUGGCACAGGAAGCAUAAAUACCCAGACUGACAAAUUAAGUUGGACACUUAGGGACCUAACUAGACAUCAAUUCAUAAUUUUGAUAUUCUUGUUUGAUUUUGCUGUAUCAGUUCCCAAGCCUGCCUUCCUUAUUUGAAGACUGCAAAGAAUCCACACAUCUUAAACAUAAGCCCACCAUUAAACAUGAAACCCUAUUGGUUCAAGAGCCAUGUUGGUAUGUAUGUGUUAUUUGAUAAUUAAAAAAAAGAUAUCCAAAUAUUUAUUACUUAGUAAUAACUAAAGGCUAGGGAGUGUGGCUAGAUAGAUUGAAGGUUAAAAUACUCUUGCUUUAACGCAGUGUGUAGUGUAAGUUUCAUGUAAUAGAAGAUCUAAACGCAGGUGAUUAAACAUGUGGUCUUUUUAAUCAUUUCAUUCUUGUUGGAAUUCCAAACGAGUGUUGGCUACAUAGUGCCAGUCGUGCAUAAUACAUUAAGCAACUCGGAAAUUGGGAUUGCAAGCUGCCUCUUGUUGCCCACAAUAAUGGUAGGAAGAACAUGAUAUUUGACAUUACUUCUUUGUUGUUCUUUUGUGGACCAUCUUUUGCCAGUUUUCUUGAGAACAAUUUUGCCUUUCUGCAGAUAAACUGAAGUAGCAAUUAAUCCACUGUUUAUCUCUGCAUGUAACUUAAAAUCACUCUUGAGUUUUAGGAAAUUUAAAGUCUUAAAAUUUUUCAACCUAUAACACUACGACUGCUCAUCUUGUUUUUAGCUUACACAAUGGCAAAGUAUGGAAUGUCUAUGUGUGUCCUUGGUAUGGCUGAAGAAUUUAAGGAUGUUGGAAUUUCUAUCAAUGCUCUCUGGCCCAAAACAGGUCUUGAAAAUAGAGAUAAUAUUAUUUAAUUUUAAUCAUCAGUUUUUUUUAUAAAAUGUAGAGGUCCUGCCAGGGUAAAUUCCAAAAAGGGACAUGGCCCAAAAAGUAGCGACAGCGCGUAAAAUGAAAUCACGACAAGAGACAACCUCCCUCGGCCAAAUUGCGACAGUGAUUGCAAAGCUGACAAUAAGGGACAAGCAUUUAUAAACACUGACACGAGAGGUUUUAAAAUUCAGACAAGCGACAUGGAACCCCCCUGGCAGGGCCUCAAUGUAGUAUCAAUAUAAUAGCAGUAUGUGAAGCCUUUUAUAUCUACACUUUUUAUAUACCCUGGUUGCCAGAGAAUUUCUCAGUCUCCAUUUUAAAGGGAACCUGUAAGUGGCCAUGCCUAAUCAGGCAGCGCAAUAGCCCCCCCAUGUGGGUUGCCCCCGGCAACUUACUUUUGUUUUCCUACUGGAUCUCAGUUCUUCAAAACAGCAUUUCCUGAGUCUUGCAUCAUAAAAUUUUCGGAACCAGUUUAAAAUUCUUUAAAUAUUACAUUUCCUGAAUCUCACACCCUUAAAAUCCUGAAUCCUUUUUUCGAACUAAACCAAAUCUACAUAAUGGAUUAUUAAUACUGCUUGUCAAAUUUUUGGGGGGCCAAUUAAGAUGACUUUUGGGCUAGUACCUGCUAGCUACAACCAACUCUCUUUGCACCCUCUGCCAGACAGUAAUUCCCAUUGCAUUCCCUAUACCCCCCCGGGGGGGGGGGGGGGUACUUUAGGAAUUUCUGGGUGGGGAUGUACUGCUGGGACCCUGAAACCCUUAACCUAUACCAGAGCUAGUUCAGCUGAAUUUUGCUACCCUCUACUAGAGUAAACUUCCCAAAUCCCCCCUAUCCUAAAGUAACUGUUUUCCAGAGACUACUGAGGUCACUGGCACAGUCUAGCCAAAACGAAACCUUCUACCAACAAUCUUUAGUCUAGAUAAAAUCUUCAACCAACUGAUCAGUUUCCUGAAGAAUGAUACCCUAUUCUAGACCCAAAUGCUCUGAUUUAUAUACCCUGUCCUAGAGUAAACUGCUUGAAAACCAUACCCUUCACAGCGGCACAUACCUAUAUAGCCCAUAUAUGGCAGUACCCCCCUCCCCCCGGCCUAUACCUCAGUGAGUUUAUCCAGUCAGAGUAUUGUUCCUGCCCCAUAUACUGUAUAUUGUAUUUGUUACAGGUCAAAAUUAUUUUCAGGUUAAAAUUUUUUAACCUAGGUUGAUUCUCAAUUUCCUCUGUCUCUUAACACUGAUUCAUGAAUAAUAAGAGCUAGGAGAAAAAGGAAAUUGAGAAUCAACCUAGGUUAAAAAAUUUUAACCUGAAUUUAAUUUUGACCUGUAAAAUAUUCAUCAGCUAUUGCUACUGCUGCAAUGGAAAUGUUGGGUGGUAAAGAAGCAUUAGCACAGUGUCGCACAGAUCAGAUCAUGGCAGACGCUGCCUACGUCAUCUUGACAAGAGAUAGCCGAGCAAGGACUGGGGAGUUUCUCAUUGAUGAGGAUGUACUCAAGGAUGUAGGAGUCACUGACUUUGAGCAAUAUUCAUGUGUACCAGGUACAGACUUAAGAGAAAAUAAAUUGCAUCGUGAGGAAAAAUCUUACCCAAUUUUCGCAAGUUUGUCUUCUUUGUAGAUUAUAUUACCGAUAGUACAGUACCUCUUAGUGUUUCUGUUGUACAAAGUGUCCGUCAAUUUUGAGGUAAAUCAUUUAGGUGCACUGUAAUAUUUACGUUAUUCGUCAUGGUAACUUCCGGUUUGGACAUUUCCUGCUUUUUGUCACGCAACAUCACAAUGCUUCAGCUAAGCUACACUGAAUGUCGGAAAGGCUGUCCAACGUCAUUGCUGACGUUAACUAUAAACACAUCAAAGAUAUUUUAUCGGGGAGUCCAAGGGUAGCCGCCCACGCAGACGUUCUUAGUGGUUCGUCGAGCGGGGCAUGAACGCGUGAACCCCUAAGAACGUCUGCGUGGGAGGCUAGCCCAAGUGUGGUUUUCAGUGGCUGAUUAAUAAAAGCAAUUACUUUCCACCAAGUCACCAGGCCCGCUGCUUACAUCGCUCAAGGUUUGUUGAGCAUCCACUCAGCUCAUCCUCUAUGCAACUUUCACUUUCAGCUGCCUUAUUUUUAGCCUUCACGCAGACGUUCUAAAAAGCUUUGUCACGCGUUCCUACCCCACGUGGGGCAGGAACGCGUUACAAAACCCUAAGAACGUUUGCGUGGGAGGCGACCCCAUUUUUUUCCAAGUGUACUAAAAGGUAUGCUGGCUGGUACUUGCUUCCAGUUUUAGGAUCUAAACCAACAACCAUUACCUGCUGAACAGCAGUUAGUAAGCAAGCCCUUUUUAGCCUGUAGAACAGCCGUUUUUUAAGUGUUUCAGGCGAGUAAAGAAAACCGCGAGGUGGUCAACGCCUGAAAAACGCCGAAAAAAAACCUUGUUCUGCAGGCUAAACCUCUUCCGGUUUCAAAGUUUCCGUUUUCUGUCACGCAACACACAAGAGCGCGCGGUCGUCAUGUGAGUGACUUUGGUCCUUUUCCUCACAGGAAGUAAACUUUUGCCGGACUUCUUCUUGGACGUUGAAGGUUACGAUCCACAGGAAAUGUUGGAAUCUCAAAAAAAGAUGACGCAAAGCACUUCUCAGGGGAGCUCUGGCGAAGGAGUAGUGCAAAUAUUCGACAAGAUUAAGAGCUUAGGCGAUGAAGAACUUGUACGGUCGGUGAACGGGGUCUUUGAGUUUCAUUUGGAUGGUAAAGAGCCUGGAGUGUGGUUUGUAGACCUCAAAAAUAAUUCAGGUAAGGAUAGAUUGGAUGCUACAGUUUUGAGUUCUGCGCUAUUCGAGUUACAGCGGUCAAAGAAUAGUAUCGAGGUACUAAUUAAGAUCAAAAGAAGACAGAUAUAAGGUCAGUCGAAUGGACUAAUCUGAGAUUGCGCAACUCGAUCCAAAGCGCUUUUUUACGGUUAGACUUUAAGCAGUCUCGUUUUUAGUCUGCGUAACAAGCGUUUCCGUGCGGUUUCGGAGCAAAGAACAAGGAGCGAGAGUCAAAGACCGCGUGAAAAAUGGCGCGAGUCUUUCAUUUUUUCGCUCUCGUUCCAUUUUUCGCGCGGCCAAAACCGAAAAUCUCGUUCUUCGGUCUUUCUUUGCUCCGAUCCAAAAACCAGCAAACACUCAAAUGAUACGCAGUCUAUCCCGUUUUAGUUUGAAGGACUUGACAAAGCAAGCCGAGAAGGAUGCUGGAGAUAGGGAUUUUGCGGGUUUUAUAUACAGGGGUUUCUAAGUUGGUAUACGGUAUCUAUAAGCCCUAACAGACAGAAGCAUGUAUAUCUAAGGGUUAUAUGCUUCAUUAGAGGGAUUUAGAAGAACGUUCGCGUCGCGAAUGGCAUAUGUAAAUGUUACCACAUGACCUAACAAUUGACCUAACUGGUUUCUUGUUUUUUCCAUUUGCAGUCAGUUCAUGCCACUUUCAUUGAUUUGUAGAGUUUCUAUCUCCACGCCUUAUUAUUUCCUAAGAUUGAACCUGAAUCUUAAAAAUAAUUGGCUGUUUGCUGCGAACGUGAUCCCAAAUCUCUCCAUUAGCUUGAAUUUUCCAAAUGUCGGUUAUGAUUGCUUUUUAUCCAAGCCUAAGUCCCUUUCCUCUUGGACCUUCUUCAUCUCGUUCUGAUCUAGUCUGCUACACAGCCGUUUUUAGUGUCGUCACGCAACGCUGUGUAGCAGACUAGUUGUGAUCCUGACAAUAUGCUUCUUGUUUCGCGUUUUUCAGGAAGCGUUGGGAGCGGUUCCUUUCCUGGAGGAGAUGCCAACUGCACCAUGAAUUUAGACUCGGAAGAUUUUGUGAAAAUGUUCAAAGGAGAACUCAACCCAACACAAGCGUUUAUGGGAGGAAAAUUAAAAAUCAAAGGAGACAUGAUGCUUGCUAUGAAACUUGAAAAGCUCAUGGGGAAGAUGAAAUCCAAGCUUUAAUUUUUCAAAGAUGGCAUACAUUAGCCUCGUUAUUACUGUAACGCAACACUUAGUUUUACUUAGAAAACAUACAUUCAACGCAGUCACAAAGUGGUGAGCCUGCAUUGCAGCCGUUU